GUGGACCUGAGGGCGCUGAACAUCUGGUCGUGAGUGAUGUGUGUACCAGAGGAAAAACACGUAAGAAGAAGACUGUGAAUAAGAGACAUCUGUGGAAGAAUCCUACAGUUACUGUGAGCGUUGUUUUCUCUGGACUAGUGGGAUCCAUCAAAGAUCAUUUGGUGCUGAAACAUGGACAGUGAAGUUGGAGCAACGAAAGCCACUCUUGGCAGUCCCAUCACCCCGAGGCAGUUGACUGGAUUGGGGAUGAAUGGCUGUCUCUCACUAAGGUACAGACACUCUGGACCAGGCCUGGCCUGUCCCCAGGAGUACCACCAGUGGCUCCCCUACCGCCAUGACGCUAGCCUUCUGCCCAUGAAAGAAGACCUGGCCUUCUGGCUCAACACCAUGAUGGGAGUGGACCUCACAGCAGAUAAUCUGAUGGAGAGUUUGGAUAAUGGCGUUCUGCUCUGUGAGCUGGCUCAGCUGCUGCAGGACAAGAUGAUACACAACAACAAUGGCAAGGUCUUCACAAGAAGAGUGAUCCACUGGCGAGCUGAUGCAACUUCUGGAUCAUUUUUCGCCAGGGACAACACGGCCAACUUCCUCUACUGGUGUCGAAAGAUUGGUGUUGAUGAGGCUUACCUUUUUGAGUCUGAGGAUUUGGUCCUCCACAAGCAGCCUCGGGAGGUGUGCCUGUGUCUGAUGGAGCUGGGACGGAUUGCAGCCAGGUACGGCGUGGAGCCACCGGGGUUGGUUAAGUUGGAGAGCGAGAUGCAGAGGGAGGAGGCAGAGAGCUUAUCUCCAUCAUCCCCUCUUUUCAUUUUUCCUCCUCUCUCAUUGUAUUCACCAUCCCAGCCAUCCCUACCACCUGCCCCUUCUCCCCCUCUCCCUGCACCCGCUCCCCUCACUCCAAGGGCAACCAGUCCAUCUGAACCCCUCGCUGCUUCGCUUGCCUCUGAUCUUCCAUCAGCCACAACAAACCCAGUAACUAUGUUUUCAUCCCCUCCUCAGUCCUCACUCUCAUCCUGUACUCCUUAUACAGCCACAGUCUCGACACAAACACCUUUGUUCCCUUCAUCCUGCACCACUAACACAUCUGCCUCAACUCCGCUGUCAGCGCCUUCACCCGGCCAAACCCUGGAAUCCACCACCAAAGUCUGCCUUACCGCAAUAAACGCCCGCCGUCCGACAGCUACACCUCCCACUAACUCCCCACCUGCAGCCUUGACUCCUCGCUCAUCAAACAAGUCAACCAUCAGGAGGAGCUCCUGCAACAGCAUUUUGGAUGACUUUGUAAGAAACAUUACUGAAAAUCCACCCUGCAGUUGUCCCAUCACUUUCCUGGUUGAGAAACAACCAAAGGGCUGUUACCGUGUUGGGGACAAAGUUCUUUAUAUACGAAUGCUGAAUGAGCGUCACGUGAUGGUACGAGUUGGUGGAGGAUGGGAGACCUUUAUGAGUUACCUGAAGAAACAUGACCCCUGCAGAGGAGGAGAAGGAGGAGGAGGAGCAGUGCUGGCAGGUAAAUCUGAGGUCAGGCUCUGUAAGGACAAACCAAAGCCACCCAACUUGAACAUCUCACCUGACAGUUACAUGGUGGUCGGAGCCCAUUAUCGUGGCAAGAAGUAACUGCCUCCAGCUUCAGGUGGCAGCGGGAACUCUCACCUAAUCAGAGCAAAGUGUUCAAGGUCAGUGAUUGAACACAGCUGACGUCCAUUUUACCUCAAGUUAAAAUACAAUCCAACCUUUUCUCCUUAUACACAGAUGUGACUGUUCUUAUAGCUGUGUGAAGUACGCAACUGACUGUGAUUACAAGCUUACUUAACUCUGUGUAUGCCACAGUGCGUUAAGAGGCAAAUAAAUGGCAACAAUUUUAUCAAUUCACUAGC